AUGGCGACGCAUUAUAAUUGUACGAAUGGCCAUGUGUCGUUAGCCGAUGCGCAAAUCGCUGAAAUGAAGGCCGACAUCGAGGCGCGUCAAAGCCGACUCAGAGAAAUGCAAUUGAAGCGGAACGCGCUCCUGCCAGUCUCGCAACUUCCGAACGAAGUUCUUUCCAAGAUAUUCACCGAGUACCACGAUCUUGUCACGGACGAGGAACUGGAAGUGGAGGAAAACAGCGAGGAGAAGAAACACCGUCAGUGCAUCGCCUGGGUUGGAAUCCUGCACGUCUGCAGCCGAUGGCGGGAGGUUGCAUUGGGCCUUUCGGACUGUGGACCCAUUUGGGCGAUUGGGCUGGGUCAGAAUGACGGCCAAGUCAACUACAAUAAUCAGACUGCGCUGAAGUUGUUAUCCCAAACAAGCCGACACGAGAUUAUCGAGCUCGCCGGAACCUACAAAGUCCUGAGGCAGUGGUUUCGAGCCCUCUCGUCUGGGCCCGCCCCUCUGCUUCGCGAAUUAACCGUCAUUACAACACUAUCCAAGGACGACCGACGAUUACCUCGCCUUCCGAGCACCGUUUUCACGGGAAAGGCUCCCCAGCUGGAAUCCUUACGUCUCUUCUGGUGCAGUGUCGAUUGGAAAUGGCCUGUACUCAGCAACCUCACCACCUUCGCCUACCACGCUGACGAGCUUCCUCCAUCCGUGUCUCCGAUGACAUUCUUCGAAGGCCUCAACCGAAUGCCCAACCUACCCACUUUAAGUCUCCACUUCGAGGAUUUCCCGACUUUCGAAUCUCUCGAGGACUUCCAUGGAACGCUGCGCUUCCCCAAGCUCGAGCUGCUGUCGGUGUCCGGCGAAGCCAGACAAUGCCAGGACCUCCUCAGUCGCCUCUCCAUACCAGAAUACGCUCGCCGCGAUAUGACUUUUACCAUUGACGGGGACGAUUAUUUCGGCUUGGAUAUGCUCGUCGAAGAGGUCUUCAGGAAACACUGGCCUCCAGGCUCGACCGCUGCACAGCCCCGCCUUCAAAGUCUCCUCGUCGACUGUGACAACUCGGAGAUGAGCAUUUUCAGAGUGAUGGCAUGGAAGGAGAUCGUUCAGUUUGGAACUGAAAGCGAGCCGGGGGCUGUGCCAUGGAUCCGCAUCUCUGUUCACCCAGACAGGUCCCUCCUCGACGAACAAGAUUAUGACAGUCUGAUUGCCGCCCUGCCCCUACGCGCGGUGCGAGUACUCCACGUCGGAUACCUCUACCUCCGUUUCAACGAGAUCUCCGCCUCCUUGCCAGCCCUGGAACAUCUAUCUCUGCCCAAGAAGACCAUCGCUUGCACAUUCUCAGACCUUUCUGAGAGAGAUCCUGCCGAGCAGUCCUCGCAAGAGGGCCUGCAGCCUCCUCCCUCUCUGUUCCCUCGACUCAAGACUCUCACAUUUCACGACGUUGAGCUCAGAGCUGAACGACAAUGCAGCGCUCGCGAUGGUGUCGUUAUAUUUCCGAAACUUGUAGGCCUACUACAGUCUCGAGCUCGGCGAAAUGCCAGACUUAUGGAGGUCGCCUUCCACGGUUGUGGAAAUGUGUCCGAAGAAAGGCUGCGACUACUAAGAAGUAUCGUCCCAAGGGUCACUUCAAACGGAAUCGAAUAUGAAACCGAUGAGAAGUGCAAAGACACUCGGUUGUGUGGUGUCUGUCAUCCCACUACUGCCAUUGCUCGCCGUAGACGAAUGUAA